AUGACUUCCACGUUCGCUGCGCAGUUGCGCACGAUCGCCGCAAACUCUACGAAUGAAUUAGACCUGCGCGCCCGCCGAGAUGCGCACGCCGAAUCCCUCAUCUUCGACCGAGCCGUCGCCGUCAAACAGGACUGGGAGACAAUAUAUCUGAUAUGCCUCGAGGGGUUUCAAGAGUUGUGCUUGCUGGACUCGAGGCUGCGAGAAUUCGAACUGAAUCUCUACAGUCCACAGGCUAAAGACCAAGACAGAGAACAAUUGAGCAGAUCACAGAAUGAGGCUCUAGGGGUGGUCCUUGAGCGAUGUCUGGCACUGUUAGGAUCAAAAGUCUUGCUGCGCCCCGGAAUCAGAGCCGUAGAGUGGCUCGUCAGGAGAUUUCGAGUGCAUGUCUACGACACUGACGCCCUCCUCACGACUUUCCUGCCUUACCACGAAACCCCAGUGUUCCGAAACAUCUUGAGCAUAGUUCCGGCGAAUAAGAUCACCAACGAGUGGAAAUUCCUCGGCCCAUAUCACAAGAUCGCGGCGAAUGUUCCCCGGCAUGCCAUCGUAUACAGCGCCAUCCACAACGAUUCAUUCUUCGCCGUGUUGAACAACUAUACUCUUCGAGUCUGUCAGGAAGGAGCGGGGCACCCUCAACUUUUGCGCUUCUGGGGCAGCGUGGUGGUCGAGGCGAUUACCGGAAGAUUGAACCAAGUCAAAAGUGGGAGAAAAGAGGUUCAGAGGCAGCGUCUGGAGGAUGCGCUAAUAAAGAUUAUCCCCAUUCUGGAUGAAGGUCUAGAGAUCAGGGCUUGUCCUGAGAUGACCCUCACCUGCUUUACGAUAGCCCUUGUGCUAGCAACCAACUCUAGUCUUGAGGACCGUGUGGUUGACUCCAUAAUCAAGGCCAUUUCCCCCUUUAUCACAAACGGCGAAGCCGACCCAAAAUCAACCCUGGCUUGUCUAUGCGUCCUGGUCUCAAGAAAGAACGAGCGCAGGGUCUCAAGAGAUUCUCUCGAGGUCUUCUUGAAAAUCCGGGAUCUAGACUCUCUCAUGCUCGAGGUUCAAGGACAGGUGCCUGUGGAUGCGUUAUGCGAAUCACUGAUCAAUUCAUCACUCACCCGCUUGAAAGACUCGAACUUGAGCUCGAGGCUCCCUUUCGUCGAAAAAUUACUCGACCUCAGUCUCAAUCUUGUGGAACCAUCUGCUACAAGCCGCUUCCUUGCUGCCUUACUCCGGAAAUUACCAAGCACCACCCCAGCGGGCUCUCUGGACUCGGUGAUCCAAGAGGGGAUUAUUCGAACCCUACAGAGAUUGAAUGACAUGCCUACCUUCUCUGCCGCCUUCCCUCAAGCAGUGAUACUGUCAGGUCGGUCGUUGCCGGAAGUUGAGGCUAUCAUUCAAGGGACCAUUGAGCCAGCGGAUGGCCCAAAUCUCCUAGAAUCAAACUCAGUGGGCCUUGACGAAAUCAGUGGGCCAACAGAGUCGAAUGAUGAUCUCGUUGACUCUAUGUUGGCCACUUUGCCGACGGUGUCCACCGAGCUAUCCUUCUUGACAAAUAAACGCUCCCCGUUAUUCAGUCAACUUCUCCAGGUUUUCACGCUGUGUUAUCGGAAAGAGUCCACCCUAGCAAGAUUUGAGAGUCUUCCACUAUGGCAGCCGCAAACUGAAACGCCCUCCGAUCUUCUCACGAGCUUUCUUUUGAGAACUGCUUGUAGCGACUAUCCAGACUCGCAGCGCUCUGCAGCUCUUCAUUUUCUUUCAAAGACCCUCCAACAGGGGUCUCGACAAGACACUCAGCUUCUCAUACCUUACCUCACCAUCUUCCUGAGUGAUCCAGCCCAGCCGCUACGGCGAGCCGCGUCAUCUUGCCUCCUUGUCGUUCAGAACUGCAUGUCACAGAGCCUUGAAGAAGACGGCGACCAACAAAAGGACCCGGAAGCUGAAUAUGAUGCUGUGGCGAUGACGAACGUGAAGCGCGUGCCUUCUGCUCACGCAAAGAAGCUCUUAACGCAUGUGUAUCUGCAAAACUUGGAGGAAUGUGUUCUAGACCCCUCUCACAUCAGGAGGGUGGUGGAGAAUGCCUUUGAUAGCCGCUCACGCUCCUCCUCUGUCGGAUCGAAGGUGGUGAAUGUGGAGCUGAAGAAAUCGUUGAAGCAGGAUCUUUUCGAACUCUUGACCGGUUGCGCAUUGAACAGCCCACUGAUCAAAGUGCAACUGGGCAUUGUGAACCUGCUCAUCGGUAUUCACAAGGUCGGCAGUGCCACCACGAGUAAAACCCUUCAGCCGGUCCUCAGACGUUGGGCGUCUCUAAACGAAGCCGAGGCCACAUCUGCCGCGGGUUCUGAAGGCCUGAGUCUAGCCCAAGUCGACUCCACGGUGGUCCAACUCAUCAAUGCUCAUGACAAGGAGGCCGUUGAGCACACAAUUGAGACGCUCGAAAGAGAAAGGUUGCAGCUCAGGCCUGGCCUGGUGAAGGCCUUUUUUGACCGAGUUGCCACAAUUUGGAAAGACGUCCGGCCUGACUCCCAGAUUACGGCAGCCAAACUUCUCUUUGACAUGUCCUUUUCCGACGAUGAGACCAUAGCGGCAGGAAGUCAGCAAGUGCUGCGUUCCGCCACUCACCCCACCGAUGUUCUUGCCGGCUUACUCGACCACGCAUGCUCCGGACUUGCUCAAAUGCAGAUGGAGGUACCGCCCAAGAAACGACGCAGGAUCAGUCAUGGCCGUGAAAGCAUACCGAAAGACAUGGUUGUCCAACUGGACCUCGCCGAUUCCAGAUUAUCCCUUGCCCUUGAGUUGGUUGAAGACUCCAAACCAGAAACGCAUCCUCAGCUGCUCGGGGGUCUAUUCGAUCUCUUGAUCACCCUAAGAAGACUCAGAGAGAAAAGCACGUCCGAAUCCCCGUAUCUCCUCACAUUGUGUCUCAGCAGCAUCCUGGCCAUCACUGACAAGGCGAGGGAAACACGGAAACCAAACAUCGACAUGUCGAGUAUUCGUGCUGACCUCGUUACCGAUUGUGUUCGAUCAACGGAAAAUCCACAAGUUCAGGCUACGGCUCUGUUGCUGUUGGCAUCACUGGCUUCGAUAGCGCCGGAUCGCAUCUUGCACACCAUUAUGCCUAUCUUCACUUUCAUGGGUACCGGCAUACUGUCGAGGGACGAUGAGCGGUCUGUUUACGUUACGAACCAGGCAAUCGAUCAGAUCGUACCGCCUUUGGUGGGUACUCUGAAAAGGCAAGAUGCGAACAACCUGGUCCACGCCACGUCCAGUCUUCUGUCGAGCUUGGUUACCGCUUACGAUCAUAUCCCACAGCAUCGACGGGUCGCAUUUUACAGAAGGCUACUGGACCGAUUAGGAGCGGACGAUUUUGCUUUCGCGAUGAUCGCGCUACUCGCAUCAAGACGACCUCAGGAGGACAUGUCGUCCUUCCUGUCGGUCCUUACUGCAGACUUGCCGGCGGCAUCUCAGCUCUUGACGCACCGAAAGAUCCUCGCGCUGGCCAGGGAUAUCUUCAGCGACAAUCCUCACAAUGCGGAACCGCUCUUAGACGUGAACAAAUCUACCAAGACAGAUAAGAAAGAGCAAAUUUCUGUACUUCUUCUGGAGACGGCGUGGAGACUGCUCGACACGAAGGUGUUGAAAGCUCAAGUGAAGAAACUACAGAAAAUGGAUAAGGCUGAGACUGAACCAUUCUGGGCAGAGUAUAGAAUGUGUCUGCAGGGGCUUCUGGCCAUGCUCAAGAGCCUGAAAGGGCAACCAUCUUCUUCCACGAGGAAGUGUUUGAGUGCUCUACUGGGUUUGCCCUCGCUUGCUGAGCUCUUGGGUAUCAUGCCCGAUCUUCUGCAGGAGAUGGAACUUGUUGGAGAUCCGGAGCUUCCGCCUCUCGCUCUGAGGGUCCUAGCCGCUCAGCUUCAACGUAAUCCUUCCAAGGACAGCAAGACUCAGGCCGAGGCCAUGAGUUUCCUACCGACUGUCGAGACCAUUAUCCGAACCACUUCGGACGAAGUAUUCAGGCACGCCGCGAUCGCUUGUCUGGACCGGCUUGUGGAGGCAUAUGGACGCAAGAGCCCAGAAACGAUCAUCUCCGCCUCGUCAAUCCUGAUUGAGGGAGAGCGUGGCCUGAGCUCCGAGCACUCGAGGACGCAAAUCAUGUCGCUCCUCUGCCUUGCUUCAAUGUUGGAAGUUCUUAAGGAGGCGGCGGUACCGAUUGUGCCUCAGGCUAUGCCAAAGGUCCUGAAUCUCCUGAGGGCCAGCCUCACCGACGGUGGCAGAAAUGAAGAACUCCAUAAUGCUGCAUUCACGCUAAUCGCAUCCUUCCUAUCAUAUGUGGCAUUCAUGGUCUCCGACGAGAAUGUGGUGGAGAUCCUGGAACUGUCAUACCGCUCCUGCAUGGCCAAGAUGGAAGCAUCGUGCAAAGAGGCCAGAACGGAGACUCUGACCCUGCUCGCCCACAAGGGCGAUCUGGUCACGAUCGCGACCAGCCUCAGUCAAGCAUGGAAGGCGGUUUCGGACGACGUGGGGUUUGAAGUCGAAGCGAUCACCGAGUACAUAGACCUGUUGUCACAAUCCGUCGAGCGCAACUCCAAGUCCACCGUGGUGCGUGCGGCCGAGACGAUAUCCACUUUCAUCCUGCAGGUUCUGGACCUGCGACGUUUGUCUUUGACAAGUACGAGCCAGGAGACUAAGCUCGAAAUCUCACCGGACGACAUUGACGCGAUCGAGUCGAGACUGCACGCCGUGAGCAUCACAUUCAUCUACAAGUUGAAUGACUCGACCUUCCGUCCGAUAUUCGAGAGCUGGGUCGAUUGGGCCCUGAAAGCGCCCGACCUGGGCGGUGCCGAGUUCUCCGACCAAGCCAGGACGGCGCGGAGGACCAGUCUCUUCGCCCUGGGCGAACAUCUCUUCGGCACGCUCAAGAGCAUCGUGACCUCGUACGCGAGUUAUGUUCUUGACGCGGCGAACGAGGUGCUGCAGUCGGUGGUUGAGUCUCACCAGGCCACGACCAGGACGAUGACCGAGGACCAGUUGAGACUGUACCAGUCGACAUUGACCCUCCUCACGACCGCACUGGCCCAUGAUGCCGACAGCUUCUUCGCGGCGCCGUCACACUUCUCGCCUUUGUCGACACUCCUCGUUUCGCAACUGACAUUGGCAUCCUCGAAAUCGCCCAAAGCGCUGCGCAUGGCGGUUUUCAAUCAUGUCAUCCCCACCAUUGUAGGCCUGGCGACCGCCACCCAGGACACUCCUGCGCACCAUCAUGCCCUGAACCACGGGCUGUGCCAGCUGCGCCACGAUACGUCGGCGGGAGUGAGGUUGGCGGCGAUCCGCACGCAGCUCGCGCUCACGGAGGCCGAGGACGUCGGCGAAGAGUGGGUCAACAAUGUGGUGGUCGGCACCAGUACCGAGGGCGUCGGCGGAAGUGGUGAGACCAUGGUCUACGUCAACGAGAGUCUAGAGGAUGAUGAUGAGGAAGUCGAGAACGAAGUCCGGAAAUGGGUCAGAUUGGUGCGCGAAAUGGUCGGUGAGGAUAUUUUUGAGGUGUAA